AUGGCGAUCAAACUACCGUUUCUACCACCUCUACGCCUCCACUCCCCGUUCUGGCAAAACGUCCUCAUGGGCGUCAUCGUCGGCCUCACUGCCGGCCUCUACCAGUCCUUGACCUCCCUCGGCGCCGGAGGCUUGCGCGCCAACUCGGCCCACACGGUCGAGGUCGUCAACGCGACGCUGUGUGCCACCUGGUUUGUCGCAUCGCUGCUGUCGGGCACCGUUCUCAACCUGGUCGGGCCGUCCUGGACGGCCGCGCUGGGCGUCUUUGGCUACGCGUUCUACGUCGCCGGCCUCUGGUACUUUGACGCCACCGGCCAGACCUGGUUUCCCAUUGUGGGCGGCGUGCUCAUUGGCAUCUCGGCCGGCCUCAUCUUUGUCGUCAUGGGCACCAUUGCCAUGACCUACUCGGAAGAAGACGAGCGCGGCUCCUUCAUCACCCUAUCGCAGAACCUGCAGGCGCUGGGCGCGGCCGUCGCCGGCUUCAUUGACUUGAUGAUCAACCGGAACCGCGCGUCCGCCGACGGCGUGCCCGUGGCCGUCUACAUUAUCGUGCUGUCGUUUAUGGGCGUGGGCGCGUGUCUUGCCUUUGCUUUGCGGCCGCCCUCGCGCGUCACGCGGGAGGACGGCACGUCGGUGGCGACGGCCAUCACGACGACCACGGCGGGGACUGGGACAAGAGGGCAGGGCCGCACCGUCGCGGAGGAGCUCCGCGCCAGCUGGGAUGCCAUGAAGAACUGGGACCUGCUGCUGAUGAUCCCGGCCUUUCUGCCGUCCGAGUGUUUCCUGGUCUACGGCGGCUCCGCCAACGCGUUCCGCAACAACCUGCGCACCCGCACGCUGCUGUCCUUUGUCGCCGUCGUCCUGCAGAUCCCCGCCGCCUACGGCCUCCGCCUGGUCCUGGACCACGCCGCCUGGAAGCGCCGCACACGGGCCCUGGUCGGGCUGGGUCUGGUCGGCGCGCCCCUUGUCGCCGCCUGGGUCUGGCAGAUGGUCGAGGUGCGCCACUACGACCGUGGCACCCCGACGCCGGCGAACGCCCUCGUGGACUGGACCGACCCCGGUUUUGCCGCGGAUUUCUUUUUGUUUACCCUGACCUGGGUCUCCUCGGUCCUCUUCCAGUACAUCAUCCUGUAUUUCCUGUCGUGCAUGACCAACAGCCCGCGCAAGGCCGCCAACUACGCCGGCGUCUACCGCAGCUUCCUGGCCGCCGGCGAGGCCGUCGUCUUUGGCAUCGACUCGGCCGGCGUCUCGUUCCUGACCAUGGCCGCCGUCCUGUUUGCCUUUUACGCGGCGGGCGUCUUUGUCUUUCUGUACCUUGCCCUCUUCCACAUCACCGAGACGCAGUACUUUACCGGCGAGGACGACGUGGUCAUUCCGCAGCACGUGCUCGAAGCACACGAGGUGGCCGGCCAAGGCAUGGACGAGGAGGACGCCAAGGGGCCGGCAGACAGUGUCAAGGCGUAG